CUAUACUUCCGGUUCCAAGGAGGCAAAUUUCACAAAUUAUGAUUGCUGUUGCACAGUACUAAGUAGUGUUCGAAAUGUCUCUUAUGACGCCGGGAAAUUACCAGUUUAGCAAGAAAACAGCCUCAAGAAUUCUAAAUUUUGUAUUAUUUCUGAUAGUUGCACUAGCCUGGACUUAUGUGAUCCUUGCCGGGCGCCAUGCAUCGAUUCAGUACUUGAGACAGUUGAGGUAAAAUGUGAACAAGCACACACGAAGCAUGGAUGUGAUUAAUGAGAGCAAGUCCAUGCUCAGUAACUUUGAGGUUCUGAGUUUGCUUACAGACAUUCAAACUGGCAAAGGACAGCGUAAGCCCAACAAACACCAGCAGAAUCUGGCAACAAUAACAUACGAAGCAGUGAAAUAUUUAGAAGGGACCCCAUGUAAACUUCAAGAUGCUGAAAGUAUUCAGAAGUUCAUGGAUGCCAUUAAGCCCUAUAAGUUAACAAGGGCUGAAAAGCUUCAGUUGCUCAAUCACCGUCCAUCAACAGCCGUCGAGAUUCAGAUUAUGAUAGAAGAAAGUGAGGAGAGGUUAACAGAGGACCAGAUUUAUGAAUUGUUAGACCUUCUUGCUAAAUAUCUGCCGACUGAUAAAGAGGAAGAAAUGGAGCAAGAUGAAGAAGAUGGGGAUGGAGAAAUGGAGGAAGAAGAAGAAAGUUAGCAGUGGGAGGAUCUAGGUGGGGAAAAGACAGUUUUACAGAGUUUGAAAUUGAGACUGAAAGUGAUAAUGACCUUGUCAUAACUGUAACAUUGAAAGCUGAACGUGUAGAGAUUUAAACACCAGAGCAUUAAAUCAUCAGGACAGCAAGACCAACUUUAAUUUAGAAAUCUGCUCUUAACAUUACUGGUGUACAUGACUUACACAGUAUCUAUGAAGCAUGAAUAAUUAUCUUACAAAAUCUAAAUUUAUCAAUUGUAAGGAAAUACAGCUGUCGUCUUGAAGGGUUAAUUAAGGUCUAGUGUGGAUAUUAUCAUGAUUAUAAUGGUUGAAAUAGCUGUAUUUAUUACAUUUUCCAUCAGUAACGUUCAAAUUCAAGCCUCAUCCUAGAACAGUCUGGGAUGUUAUUUCUUGAUGUUUAACAAUUAGUAGCUUAAUAAAGAAUGUUUUUGGAGACAGUAGUUUCUGUAUGAAAUUUGUAACCAUGGUAAAUAUUAGUGUUAUUUUCUACUUUCACAAUACAUGAUUAUAUCAUCAUUAUCAUGAAAAUGAAAAUUUUUACAAUUGACUUGUACAUACUGGAGUGCUACCUAAAUAUUAAUGUUAGGUUUUAAGACUUUGUCAUGUUAUUUAGAAAGUGUUAUGAGUUUUGAGAAAAACUGUACAUGUUACAUAUAUAUACAUACAUUCUGUCAUCAUCAGGCUUCAUUCUCAUUCAAGGGCUAGAAAACCACAAUACAUUCUUAAUUACAAAACAAAUUUGUAUAUUUCUGCAAUUACCUCGACUGUUAAGCAGGGCUGGUCACAGAGAGUCCAAAUUCAGUCCCAUAUGAAUCUUUUAUUCCAUCACAAUAUUUCUCUGCAUGAAGAUGUGACAUACAUUCUCGAUUGGAGGAUUUGUCAGGUUGAGAUUUAUAAAUUCCCACAGUGAGUCAGGCUUUCAAACAAGUGUAUCUAAUUUCUGUAUCUUUAAUUGCUAGUUCCAAAUAUUGAUAAUGCAUGUUUUGUUCAGAUGGGAGGUGAGGGUUCUCGCAAUGUUCACUUCACCAGACAAGAUCUUUUAUGGAGGGAUACUCAGCUGUUCAGUAUUGAUCACUAUAAGAUCUACAGCUUAUUAUUAUUCAAACUGAAUUUCCAAGGUUUGCUUGUAUCAAAUUUAAUGUUUUGUUUUAUUGAUUUUUUCCUUGUCAAAAUGCCUAGAAUUGGGUGCCAAAGUUAGAGAAAUAUACAUAGAAAAUGAGAUUUUUUCCCAAUGAAAUCUCUUGGAAAUAGAAAUUUGUUGUUUACAAACGGAAUGAAUAUUCAGUGUUCAGGAAACUCCACUAGGACACUUAAACUUUCCAUUCUUGGUAACAACAAUUUAAACUGUUCAGUCACUUAGUAAGCCUUAAUCAUUCCUGCCAGAUUGAAUUUGUGAGACUGGAACCUGUCAGAAUGUUUUGAUUUUUAAGAUGAACAGGAAGCAUGAACAAGCAUUAAGCUUUAAUGUUAUUUAAUAAGAGGCAUGAUUGUUAAACCAGACUUAGGGUAAUUUGAUUGUAGCUGCAACUGCAGCCUGACAAUUUCCAUGUCAUGCUUGUUACAUUGCCCAUUGUUUCCCUGUUCACUGAUUUGUAUUAGCAUUAAAUGCAUAAAUUUG